GUGUCUGGUGGCGCCAGUCAAAAGAAGCUCUGGACUACACGGCAAAGCUGAAACUUUGGUACUGAACUCCACGGCAAACUGGAGAACCGAGACGCACCUAGCAGUCCCAGCUAUUAGCAAUGACAAGUCGCAGCAGCUUCGCUGGCUCCGAGUUCUCAGAGGAGGAGCUGGAGCUGAGUCUGGAGACUCAGGUCGACGAUGACACCGUUGACAGCAGCCGAAAAGGUUCCUAUACUGACAGCGCAAGUCCUAGUAGCAACCUCAGUGAGGCAGAUGAAGGACGGCCAAAGAAACGCAGCAGGCCGGUGCGCUCUAAAGCCCGGAGAAUGGCAGCCAAUGUGAGAGAGAGGAAGCGAAUUCUGGAUUACAACCAGGCCUUCAAUGCACUGCGUGUGGCACUCCAUCAUGACCUGAGUGGCAAACGCCUUUCCAAGAUAGCCACGCUGCAGCGCGCCAUCAACCGCAUUUCAGCGUUAUCAGUGUUUCUUAGCAACAACCCACCCAACGGAGCCAACAAAGCCUGCAACCACCAGGAAUGCCACGGAGAACCUGGACAUGUGUCCCCGACCCAUCUAGAGCCCCAGGGCUACAUGUCCUGGGAGCAACCACUGGCACACCAGAUGCAGAUGCACAGACUGCCUUCAGAGCAGCAAGCUCACAUGGACCACUGGAGACACGUGAGUUCCACCUGUCCACUAUCGCCACACUAUUCCUGCUACUCACCUGAUGUCCAGCUGUAUGCAACUGGUGGAUCCUGUAGCAGUCCUGCCAGUGACAAUGCCAGUCCUCCACGGUACGGGUGCCUGGGAGAUGGGUUGGGCUACCAGGCUGGGGUUUGGGGAUCCUGUUCUCAGACCUAUGUGGAUGGGCAAGGUGAGGCAACUCGACCUUUCUCUUGGCACAUGGGCUAUCUCCAGGAGGCAGGUCCUCAACAAUGCUAUCCGAUGUUAUGACACCUUUCCUGAGGGAACUGUGAUGAAAUGAGAUGAGGACACUGUGUAGGUGCAAUCUUGAUGACAUUGGACAAUCACCUGUACAAUUAUAUGUACAAUGACAUGUACAAUGAAUAAAUAUUUCAAAUGUAAUCAAAAGCCUCAAAAACGCACAAUGGAUGUAGAGGUAAAUAAAAGUGUUAUAUAAAAUGUACCAAUGCCGAAAAUACUCAGGAAUCACUGAUUGUAUGAAAAG